UUCUCCUUCUCUCCCCCUUCUCUCUUCCAUCCUGUUAUUCUCUCCCCUCUCCCUCCUCUCUCCCCCCUCUUCAGCCGGAGAUGGCACAGGCGCAAUGGCGUUCGUCCAACCUGUUCAUCCUCGUCAGUAUGGCCAUGGCCCUGCUGACGGAUGAGCUGCUCUACGCCUUCAUGGUGCCUCUCCUACCCUACAUGUUCGAACACCGUCUCGGACUUGACAACAGCAUCGUCCAGCGCUGUACCUUGCUCUUCCUCUCCGAGGGAGCCCUGAUCUGUGUCUUCUCCAGUCCGAUCAUCGGUCAUGUCUCCGAUAUGACUUCCUCCAAGCGCAAUCUGCUGCUUGCCUCACUGGCUCUGGCGUUUGUCAGCUCUUUGGCUACCGCUAUGGCUGAAUCGCUGUUUGUUCUUUUCGCCAGUCGUUUCUUCCAGUCGCUCGCCAGCAACGCGCUGUGGAUUGUCGGCAUCGCAACUCUCGCCGAGAACAUUGGGUCGGAACACAUGGGCAAGAUCUCUGGGAUGAUCUCGACCGUUGCAGCGGUGGGAACCUCGGGUGGCCCUGUUCUCGGUGGGAUGCUGUUCGAGCUGGGUGGCUACUGGACCGCAUGGAUGGGCGCUUUUGCCUUUAUCUUGGUCGAUAUCGUCCUGCGGCUGCUGAUGGUCGAGAAGAAGCGGACCAAGGGGGAAGGCAAGAUGCUCGACCCGGAGCAAGAAGCGCUUCUUGCGUCUGAGAUUCCUACGCCCUCCGAUCUUCUGUCGGAGCCUGUCUUAUCAGCAGCAGCAGCAGUCGAGUCGGAACCCGUCGUGGAACAGAGCGGCUGGCGCUUCUACGCGUACGCCUUCCGCCAUCCGGGGUUCUUCGCCGGCGUCACCAGCUUCUUUGUCUUUUCCAUCCUCAUCUCCAGCUUCAACACCACCAUGACCCUACACGUCCAGCGCGUCUUCCACUGGGACACCUUCCGCGUCGGCCUGCUCUUCGCCGCCCUGCAGGGUCCCGGCAUGCUGCUCAGCCCGGUUUUCGGCUGGCUCAAGGACCGCGUCGGCUCGCGCUGGCCCACAACUGCCGGCUUUCUCUCGGUCGUCCCCUUCUUCUGGCUGCUCGGUGUCCCGGGCGAUGAUCGGUUCCCCUGGGCCAACGAGGGCACCCGUGGACAGACCAUCUACUCGUUCUGUAUGAUCAUGAUCGGCUCUCUCCUCUGUCUGUUGAACGGAGUGGGUAACAUGGAGGUCACAACGGCCAUUUCUGAGCUCGAGGCUGAACGGCCCGGGAUCUUCGGUCCCAAUGGUGGCUAUUCGCGUGCCUUGGCCAUGUCGAGCAUGAGCUGGACAAUGGGUUUGCUCAUCGGGCCUGUUCUUUCGGGGUUCCUGGCCGAGGUGGGAUACUACGAGAUGAACUGUGUGAUGGCCCUUUUGUGUGUUCUUGCGGCCGUGAACGCUGCCAUCAACCUGUCGAGUCGGAGGAGGACUUGAUUAUGAUUAAUAUAACCCGCGAUGCGUCACCCCAUUCGUCACUAUGACAAAAUAAUGUGCUUCCUAUAUACGAUUUGCAUUUGAACAUACUAGUACUCUUAUCACAAAAACCAUUUUUUCAUUCAACUCAUUUGCAAGUAUACCACCUAGAAACUUUGAGGAUGUUCCCCUUUCAACAGGUCACCGUCCGCGAUUUCCCCGGCUGCACAGCCGAGGAGAUCGACCGCGAGCCCGACUGGACGCAUUCGCUGAGCCACCGGAUCGGCCUGCGCGGCCGUGACGACCGGUUCAUGGGCUUCACCAACUCUGGAGAGGCAUGGCGGUAUGAUAUCGACCGUGAUGCGGAGAAGAAGCUACGAGAACUGAGGCAAAAGGCAGAGAGCGGCGCUCUCUUGACAGUCCGCGACUUUAUGGAGAAGCAGGAG